AUGAGCUCCUCCCACGUGGCCCAAAUGUUGUUUCUAAGCAUCCUCCCUUUCUUGAUAUCUAUAAUUGCUUAUAUCCCUGUAAUGUUUCGUUUCCCUGGAAACAUUUCCUCAGACGAUUGCCUUAUCAGUUCACUGGAUUCCGACGCAACUAGUCCAGCCUGGUUUGCAUACGCUCAUGCAAUGAUACAUCAUCCGAAUAAAGCUUUGGCAUCACAUGUUCCUCAGGAUCUGUUUGCCAGUUUGAUGAGGGCCCAUAUUGUGACAAACAAAUCACAAAUGAUGUUACCCCGCACAAGUGCUUUCCCACAGAUGUGCCCUUCCGUACUCAAUUCAAGCUGUAUUACACGAGAGUCUUAUCUAUCACGCCUGUUCAUAAAAGUUAACCCGUUUGCACUCUUCGCUGCGUAUAGUGCUUUAAUCUGGCUAUGGAUCAAAUCAUUCCCAUUUCUGCAUCGCCUGAUGGCUUCCAUUAUUCAAGAAGUUGAACUAUAUGAAGAAGUCGGGUUUUUCGGUUUCAUAACGUUUCACUGGAAUCGGUUAAAUAUACCACUCACUCUAGCCAUGUUGUGGAUUUGCAAAUUGACCCUGGUUGUUGUCAUGGGACCAGAAGUGUGGCCAGUAGUCCCUGAUCAACCAGUUGAUGUGUUGUUGGAUUUUAAUAUUACAGCUGUGCGUGAUUUUACCAAGACACCGUUAAAUCAUUCAGAUUUGCACAAGCUUUUGAAUCGGAUUUAUGUGGCUGCAGUGAUACAUGGCUCCGAGACAUGGGUCGACGUUUUUGGGGCGGCAACGUUUUUCAGCGCUGUUGCUACCAUUUUGGUCCAAUUUCUGGUUUUUCUCUUGGAUCCGUCGGGGGAACACACACGUGAAUUACUGGCUUUAGCUGGUGAGGCUCCAAUAAAUUUGCAUGAUAGGAACGUGAUUGAAGACCCUGCACUGGCAUUGGACCAACAUGAUGUGAUAACCGCGGAAAUGUUAACGGGUACAGGCUGGAAUUGUGCUGUUGUAUUUUUAUUUCUUGCAUUUCAAUACGAUUUACCCAGCCUACCUUUGGCACAACGUAUCUGGUGUACACUGUACGGUCUAAUUGUGAUUGGAAUGUCAUGUAUUCAUCCGGUACAAGCUUUGAUCAAAUCUUUGCUUCUUCGUCUUGGUGUCCCUGGUCGUAACAGUUGGUUUCCCCACUGCAGACUCUUACUUUCUUGGCUUUUUCUUGUUUUUUCCUCUAUCUGCGUUAUCACGUACGUGCCUGAGAGUUUGGCUGAACGAGUUAAAGAACAGGUCAGUAUGAACGGUACACAAUUAGCGGAUGGACUCCGAACUGAACAAAAUCAAUCGUCCAACCUCGUUCCUCGUUUCGGUUCUUCGUCCAAGUCGCUCAAGGGUCGUCAGCUUCGAAUCGUCCUUUGUGGUUGUCAGCUGCUUCUGAGCCUUGUAGUCACUUUAAUGGAGUAUGGAAUCUAUCAAAUCUCACGCCGCUAUCCAGAAUGGGGUGGAUUCCGGUCCAGCCUUUUCUGGACGAAACUGAUCAGUUCUGUGAUAGACUAUUUGAUCUCUUUCAUGUCUUUUUUGACUGUGUGUUGGCUGUCCAUCUACGAUUCGAUUGGGUUAUGUCGCUUUGUGAUCAUCUGUUGUUACUUUUUCUUCCUGCUGUAUCCUUCGGCUGUUACAGCCUACUCAUGGCUCCGAUGGCGCCUUUCCUCUCGGCUUGGUAUUGAAAGUCUAAGCAGUCCAACCGCAGCACAAUUGGAAUAUAAUGAAAACACUUGUCCCAUAUGUUAUAUGACCAUGACAACGGAUAAUGCGAAAAUCACACGUUGCGGGCAUUUAUAUCAUACUGAAUGCUUAGCCACAUGGAUGCUGCGCCAACUAUUUUGUCCGAUCUGCCAUGCGGACCUGUUGUCCACGAGGGUGAUAAAUCAACGCCGCAUGGGGCCUCCAGAUGCGAUAAACUAA